UGCUAUUUUUCCUAUGAUAAUAAAAUAGUGAACAUAAGCACUAAUUUUACACAAAUAUUAAAAUUGAAAUAAAUACCAAAAUGAUUGAUGUGAAAAAUAAAGUAAAUUCAUUUUUUAUAUUUAACUCUAGCUUUGGUCCAAAAGAAGGCGAUGAGCUUAAAAGAAUAUUAUUUUUUCACCCUACUCAAGUUACAUCCGAUGCUCGGAAAAUGCAAGUAGGAUUAUGUGAAGCAGUUGUAAAAUUUAUGACAACAUUCUCUUCCGAACCAUGUGAGGCAUUACAAACACAAUCAAAAAGAUAUAUAUUCUACCAGCCAGAGAAAGGAUUCUGGAUGGUUUUGGUUGUAAGAAUACCUUAUGCAACUAAAAGUUCUACAACAACUGGAGAAAAAAAAGAUGUAGUAGAACCAUCUGUGAUGUAUGAUUUACUAGUGUCUGCUCAUAAAAUAUUUAGAAUGUUUAUAGGCCCCUUUAAAGAUAUUCCACCUGAAGAUAUUUAUUCGAAGUGUGAACAAUUCUUUACACCUUAUAUUAUGACAAGGAACAUUACUAAUAAUUUAAGUAAUAUAAUACAGGGAAUAAACUACUUGCCAUUGGAAAAAAAUUCCUUCUUUAAAGUAAUGUGCUUUAUAGAUCUACUUGAAAUGAACUAUCCAGAUUUUAAAUGUAUAUCAUUUGUCUACAAUGAUCAACUCAUAUGGAAUGGCCUUGCUACCAACGAUAUGUUAACAUUAUACCAAUAUCUAGUACAAACAUUGCUGCCAAAGCAAGUUGAGAAGGAGAUACAAGGUGGAGCAGUAACUGCUGCACAGAGACAUGGACGCUUUAUCAGCCCACCAGAUGGUAUUCGUAGUGCAGAAGAUCUGCAAAAGCUUCAUAGAGUAUAUCUCAUGCGUGAGGAUGACACAGAUACAAAGCAAUAUUAUCUUGUAAUUUACAGAACACUGAGCGCUACAGUUUGCUUCACUGUCGAUGUGGAUACAGAACUAAACAUUGAUACAUUUAGAGCUUUAGAUGCAUUUAUUGGCCCGCAACUAUCUACUAUUGCGUCAUCAAUAAGUGAACAGUGCACAAUGCAUGCACUGCAAAGUGCACAACUAGCCAGCUCUGAUCAUAAAUUUCUAUAUUUUAACCGGCUAAACUUAGCAUGUAAAACAUCUACACCUGCUACUUCUUUAACUCCUUCGACAGCUAUAAAGCCAGAAGUAUUAAGUAUAAUUGCAGGCAUUCAUUCAGACAGAAAAAGUCUUGGAAAUUAUGGCGAAGUUAUUAUCAAAACACCAGAUGAAUAUUGGAUCGCAGGUAAAUCAUCCAAUGAUAGGGAGUUCUAUGUUAUAAUACAAGAUAAAAAUGCAAAUUUAAAGGAUAUUGCAGAUGAGGUGAAAAGAAUGUGUGAAGAUCAAAUGAAAGGCAUUUUCUUUUAUCCUAUGUGAAAAAUUAUUAUAAACUUAAUGUAAAUUUACAUAUUUAUUAUUGUUUAUGUUUAAUUUUGAAUGUAAUAAAUCAAAUAAAUAUUUCUAAUAAAUGUUAAU